AUGAAACUUAUUAAUGGAAAAAAGUGCAAAAAAAGACCUCAAGUUGCAGCAUAUAAUGCGUUGGAAAAUCUUUAUGAUAUAUCUACCUGUAGAUGCAAUUUAGACAAAGUUCCCUGCUAUGAUGAUAGGGUCAAAUGCAAAUAUCUAACCUGCAAUAAUAAACAUUUAGUAUGUGUUUGUCCUCCAGAGUGCAAGAUUCCGCUGGAGGAACGAGAAUACAUCAAAGACCAAAGAUCAAGAAAUGGCACAAAAGGAAACAUUCAGUUAGGGCCAGUAGAUUGGAGCACUGUAAAAAAAGAAAAAAGAAGAGUAGGAAAGUGUUCUAAUGUUAAAGUACCCUCAUGUGAUAAUGGCGAAUCAUCUUUUGAUAUAAAUUUGGAGUCUGAUACAGAAUCAUCAUCAGAUUCAGAAUAUAAUGAGUCAAUUGCUAUUUCAACAUAUAAUUUAAGAAAGCUGGAUAACUUUGCUUUAGAGUGUGUUCGGUAUGCGGUAUCGAGUGAAGCUGCUGCAGCUCUUGGUAAUGGACUUUUAAAAGAUCUUGGAGUUAUUACUAAAACUGAUAAAACUGAUGUUUUAGAUAAAAGUAAAAUAGAUCGAGCUAAAAAAAGGGUUUGUCUUCAGUCUGUUGCUGAACACAAUACCAUAGUGCAAAAUCUAUCAUGUAUUGGAUGUGACAGUAAGGAUGAUAAAGGUAGCCUGGUUUAUAGAAGUAUGUUGUCAGAUAGUAUUAGCAAAAAAAAUAAAUUAAUAGAAAAGGUUUAUCAUCUAAGUUUUACAGUAGAAUCGGGAGAAAUAAAAGGUAGAUAUCUGACACACAAAGAUAUUUUAAAUGCCACAGGAGAAAAUUUAGCGCAGUCUACUUUUGAAGUGUUAAAACAAUACAACAGUGUUGAUUCUUUGUUAGGAAUUGUUUUUGACAAUACAAAUGUCAACACUGGAUAUACAACUGGCCUUUGUGCCAGCCUUGAAAGAAAACUUGGCAGAACAAUUCAUAAAACUGGCUGUGCACUUCAUAGCAACGAGUUACCUUUGCGCCAUAUUAUAGAACAGCUAGAUAGCGGUACAAACACUCCGCAAACAUUUUUUGGUGAAAUUGGAAAAGGUGGAGCACAAGACCUUCAUCAUAAACCCAUUGCCAAAUUCGAACCUGUUUUGACUUCUUUAGUUUUUCUAGAAAAUAGUGUGAUCAAUGAUAUAAGUUCUGAUCAUUUAUUCCAGUUAUUGCUGGAAUAUGUGUGUGGUAUAAGUUCAGGUGUUGUAAAUUCAGUUUACGCUCAUUAUAAAAUUGGUCCAGUUAAUCAUGCUAGGUAGCUGACAUUAGCAAUACGUAUUUUAGUUUUGUAUUCAAGAACAGAACAACCUACUCCUGUCCUUAAAGAGAUAGUAAAUUACAUACAGACAGAGUAUGGCCCCACAUGGUUUGCUAUUAAGAAAUCAAAGAACUUUACUGAAGGGCCAAAAAUUUUAUACACAACAUUAAAAA